UAUAUUUUUUAGACAAGAUUGUUUGAAGAAUUUCCAGAUGAAGGUGGUGUUAAAGAUCCUUCAUUGAGGUCCCUCCCAUUUUUGCCAGGUAAACGUUUGAAAAGAAAUCACAGGAUGUGUCAGCACAUGACAUAAAAAAAAUACAGAAUAUCAUAUACAUAUAUUAACUUAACAAUCAUGCAACCUUUAGUAAAUUGCUGAUUAUCAUGCUCCGAACAAAACAAAGAUUCCAUAUUUUAUUUUACAGUAUGUUUUAAUAAAUGGUAAUUCAUGUAAGGCAAUAAAGUUCUCUAACUUUUAUUUUUUGACAGGAAAAAUUAUUUUUGGCAGAAGCAACAUACGUGAUGUUGCAGAGAAAAGAAAGGAACCUAUUAAUGAAUACUGUCAGGUAGGCUUUGGAUUUUUUACUUAAAAGUUUAAGGAUUCUUGAGUUAAUAAAACAUGUUCAUUUGUUAACCCAUUGAGCUACAAUGUGCCCCUGUGCGCCCUACUUAGUUUUUUAUGUGUCUAUAACGCCAGACAAUUUUACUCGUCGAUGGGGAAGCUACGCAGCUUAAUGGUUAACCAAAAAAUCUGACAAUCAGUCUCUAAGUUAACCCAUUGGGCCGCAAUGUGCCCAGUGUGCCCUACUUAUUUUUUUUUACUUGUCUAAUGCCAGACAAUUUUACUCGUCAAUGGGGAAGCUCUGCAGCUUAAUGGGUUAAUUACACAUAUUGUUGAGCCUUAAGUUGACUCACUAUAAUUGUGGGUGAGGCAGUCAAUCGAUAAACUGGUAAGGCAGUCAAUCGAUAAACUGUAGGGUGAGGCAGUCAAUCGAUAAACUGGAAAAAACAAUGUUUUUUGAUAACCAAUUCAGGGUUUUCAGUUUUGUGUGAGGCUCUGGCUAAUGGCGAUGAAGCUAUGGUGAUAGAUAUUAUUUCUACCGAUAUAAUUUACAAAUUUGGGCGAGUACACAUAAUAGAGAUGUGACUAAACGUAAAAGCUCUGGCGAAUUUGGGUGGGGUUGAAUGAAGAAGUCAGGCGAAAUUCGCUGUUCGCUGGCCUAAACUGAAAACCCUGCAAUUCAACCAAAUGUUGUUCAAGGAAAAAAACGGAUAACAUUUGGAAAAAUUGUUUGAAACUCAGUAAUAUAUAUUGAAAUGAAAUGACGGUAAUUGCACAUUGUAUUUGUGAAAAAUCAUGAAGCAUAUUGAAGCUAAGCGGAUAAGAGGAUUGCAUGCUUGAUUAUUUCAACAGAAGAGGAAGUUAUGUCUAGACGCAAAGACAGACACACUCACUCACUCUGUAGAUACAAAUUAAAACAGACUUUAUGUUGGUCAACAUAUUAAGUAAUUCAUACCGUAUAUAAAUCAGUUUGUGUUUCAGACGGUUUUUUGUUUUUACCCUGAACCGUCCCACCCUAAAGGCAGCAUGACUAAAAAAGCCCUGUUGAUGAACUAAUUGACACUUGAACCUUUUAGGGCAAAUGCAUUCCAAAUAUGUUUGAAUAAAAAAGUAAUAAAUUGUUACUUAUUGAAUUUUUUUUAUAGAGUUUGAUAAAACUUCCUGCGAAGAUCUCGCAAUCUGAUCUUGUUUUUGACUUCUUUGAACCUACAAAUGAAGACAUUGCUUCAAUGGAGCCGGACGCUGAACAGUAUGUAUAAUUACAGGAUUAUCAUGCAUAGUUCCUCGUGUGUAUAGAAAUAUACAGUCUGGGAAAAUAUUGGCAAAGAAUUAAUUAGGUUGACAGCUUUUUACCUCACUGAUUGAACUAGUUACCUGAUUUAAACCCAUUAAGCUGCAGAGCUUCCCCACUGACGAGUAAAAUCGUCUGGCGUUAGACAAGUAAAAAAAAUAAGUACUGGGCGCACUGGGGCGCAUUGCAGCUCAAUGGGUUAACUAGAGACAUUGUCAAUUUUUUUGGUUAACCAUUAAGCUGCAGAGCUUCCCCACUGACGAGUAAAAUCGUCUGGGAUUAGACAAGUAAAAAAAAAGUAGGGCACACUGGGGUGCAUUGCGGCUCACUGGGUUAAACUAGUUGAUUAAACUAGUUAAUGAAUCUUAAAUCAGCUAAGGCAUCUAUGUAUUAUUCCCUGAUUGUCACCCAAUUUAGUCGCAUAUUUAUAGUACAUGUAAACUAAUUAUAACUCUUAUACCCUAUUAAUGAUCAAAAAAGCGAUGAAAAAAAUUUUUUAAUUUGAAGAUGCGAAUUGAGUGGCAAGUCGGGCAUACAUGUAAACCUGCAUGCUAUCCUUAAAUAUUUCAUGUCUGUCAAUGUUUAUAGGAAGGAUAAAAAGAGGACGAAGGAGGAAAAAGGUAGUGUAAUUGCAACUCUUGAAUAGCCUGUGCCUGCAGUGUACCAGAGACAGUAUAACAGACAGCUGCAGUGUGAAAUGAUACAUAUACAACCAGUUAAAAAAUAUAAGCAGAAUUUCAACGUUUCAAGCAAUCUCCCUUUGUCAGCUAACUUCCCGAUGAAGGGUCUAUCUGUAAUUUAUCACUCAAAAUGUCGAAGUUCUGUUUAUAUUUUAUUUUCAAGUACGUUGUAUAUUUACAGUAUCCUAAUAUUGCAGCUGUCAGUGCAUAAUUUAUGCAACUACAUACUGUAUACUGUACUAUGUAUGUUUGAUAUAAUAUAGUGUGUGUGCUCAAUGUAUAAUUCAGACAUCCAAAAACAUAAUCUGCUAAUCAAUAUUAGGCAAACAAAUAAGUUCAGCCCUCAAUUGAGGUCAUCGGCCUUUACAUUUUGUUGAUUUUAGCUAAUUUUAAUAAAUAUUAUAUGACUAUAGUGAAUAUAGUCCGGUUGACGGCUGACAUAAUUUACUUCAUUUCGAAGGCAAAGUGAUCUCAGAACCAAUGCAACUGGAACAGUACAUUGUGAUCGCGGAUUAUCAAAAACAAAACAGAAGUGAAGUCAGUGUUUUAGCUGGAGAUAUUGUUGAAGUGAUUGAAAAAAGUGAAAAUGGUAAAAAUAGUUUCUUUUUGUUUUUUAUGUUACACCCUUAAUAACUGUAGAAUCGUGUAGAUUAUUAAUAGUAAACUGUUUCUAAUUGUCUGUAUUAUUCCAUGGUGAUAACAUGCAUCUAUAGUUAUGUUUCAAGAGAAACAACACCUGGUUCAAUAUUGCUGGGCUGAGAAACUUUGACAUUUGCCAGGAAUUUAGUAGCAGAUUAAUAAUUAUUAAAUACUCAUUCCUUACAAAAACUGCCACUGACCAACACCCUGACACUGGGGUGUGGGGUGUCAGAGAAAGUGGAAGGACAGAGUGAAAUAAUAAAGUAGAGCUCAUCAGCUCGUGGGUAGACAUAACUGUGUAGUCGAUUCAGUGCUAACACUCUCCAAUGGGACUUGACAAGUAAAAUCUUGAGGCUUGACAAGUAAAAUCGCCUGGCGCUCGACAGAUUAGAAUAAUAUAGUAGAUCAGUGCAUGUGUAACUCAAGUGUCAAUAUUUCGUCUUGAAAAGGUUGGUGGUUUGUAAAUAUGGACGAAGAACAAGGUUGGGUACCAGCCUCAUAUCUUGAACCAGAGGACGGCAGUGUCGAGAGUGCUGUGGCUACUACAUAUAAACCUGGAGGUAUGGUUAAAAUAUAGAACGUUUUGUGCCAGUGUACUGUAGGUACCGUAGCGAAGAAUAUAAAAUGUUUAAAAUUAACCUUUUUUCAGUAGUCGUCUGUAAGCCGUCAUUUCUGAUAAACACCAAUCAAACGUGCUCGAAACACUAUAGCUCAGUCUCCAGUGACUCAAAAUAAAUGAAACUCGAGGUUUAAAAUAGAGGAUUUACCGUUAUGUAAGUACAUAAAUUCCGAAUCUGUCAUGAAAUUGAAGACAAAGGCUCCGUUCACACUGCGCUCAACUGAAUUUGCAUUCAUUUCUCAAUGUUUAGUGCUUUUUCUUUAUAAAAUAAUGUUCAAAUACAGUAUAGAGAUUUUAGAGGGCCGGUCAAUGAGAAAAUGCCUGAAAUUCCGUUCCCAACCGAUAGGUCCGCGCUCCACAUGGGUGUACGGGAGGGAAAAAAAUAAUAGGGGCAGGGCAGCCAAAAAUAGCCCGACUUUCAUAGAAAUUGCCCGUCUAAUACAGAAUUAAGGUUACAGGACAUCCUUUUUGGCGUUUUGUGGAAAAUCGCUACUGCGCGCUCAAAAUCAGUCCGAUUUUCAUCAAAUUCAGUUUUCACCAAAUGUUAGCCACUGCAUGCAAAAUAUGGUAAAGUUGUAAAAUUGACAAACAAUAAACUAAUGUAAGAAUUAUUCAGGAAAAUCUUAAGUCGCGGUACCUUUGCGCUUUUGAGUUAUGUUCCUGCUGGUUUUAAGAUAUAUUUAUGAAAAUAUCAUAAAUAUCAUUGUUCUAAAAAAUUGUGUUUGGAAAUUUUUGUUUAUUUCGUCAUUCCGCUGAUAUUGCGAUUUCUUUGACGACUGCAAUAUAUUUCUGAAUCGUUUGUGUGAAUUGCUCCUUAUUAUUAAAUUAUCCAAAAUUAGCACAAAUUUAAAAUCGUUAAAACCCGCAGGAGCACAACUCGUUUAAAAAUCAGUAAUUGCCAUAAAAUUCUUCAGGAGAAAAUUGAAUUUGAAUAUUACAUUUUCAAUGUUUUUCUUAUUGCAACUGCAAGCGAAAUGUAUUUUAUUAAAUAUACUCCGCGAGUUUUCAACAUUUUCCGUCCAAACUUGGUCAGAUAGUAGAACCAGUCUAAUGCUUUCAUGGAAACUAAUAAAAAAAUUUUAGGCAAAAUUAACACCCAAAGGUGUUCUGUAACCUUAAGAAAUUUUUGCAAAGUAUUUGUGAGAGGUGUAAUAUGCAAAAAAUAUUUUCAUCGCAAAUACGCUACAUAGAAAAAGUUUGUCUCUUAAUCUGUAGUUGAAUACCAUGUGUACAGUAUAUACUGUAGCACCAUGUUACAAACACUUGACUGAAAUAUCCGCUUCAAUCUUUAGAGGAGCGCUACAUUGCGUCAACGGCUUACACAGCAAAUGAACCAGAUGAGAUUGGUUUUCAAAAAGGUGUUGUUGUUGAUAUACUUCAGAAAAAUAUCGAUGGAUGGUGGCUUAUAAGGUACAGUAAAUUAGUAACGAUUAACGAACUUUAUCAAUACUCUUCACAUUCCAUAUUGCUAUUCUGAAAUAACACCAAACAUUCACCCUAACCCCCGCGAGGAACACCCAUGAAUUAGUCAAAUCGUACGAUUAGGGUUGGCUUGUGUGAAAUUGACCCACUUGGUGUGCGUGAUUGUGUAUUGCUAAGUGAUCAUUACUAGUUAGUGUGGGUUCAUUACGGUUUUCAUAAUGUAUAAAAGCAGACGCAGACCAUUGUGAAAUAUCGGGGGUGCGACUCGGUUGACAGUAUAUCCCUAUACCGGAACUACAAAUGUAUUUAAUAUAUCGGGCUUCAUAGUGUUUAUUGUUAAAGCUAAGUUGGAGGAUGUUCCCCACCCCCCCCCCCCUCCCCGUCGUCCUUGUGUCCACCACUCAGUGCCGCCACUAUGCCUUAAAGGAAACAUAAACGUGAACGAGUGUUUCUAACUCGUGUUUUUAGAUUCAACGGAAAAGAUGGUUGGGCGCCCUCUAUCUACCUUAAGAAACUUGACCCGAACCAAGCCCUGCCAACACCUCAUGGCUACGAAAACGUUACGUUAUCGAACGAACACGCACUUCCGAAUAAACCACGACGAAAUCCGAAGAGAGACGAAGGAGGUAAGUGAGGACAUUUGGCUUGAAUAUAAAACUGGAGUGUCUUUAUUUAUUACCAUUUUCUGUACAUUUUUAGGCAAUCAAUCAAGCAAGCCACCUCCUAGGAAAAGUUCUGUGAGUGCUAUAUUAACUUCAGUAAUGUAUUUCAUGGAAAAUAACUUUUCAUCCAUGAUUAGAAUAUUCCACUAAUGGAAAUAAACAUGUGUAAACAUUCAGCUACCAUUCAAAGGCUUCCUGAAGUUGCUGUCCACCAUUGAUUAAUGGGGAGUUUGGCAAAUUACAACGGCAACGUUGUCAUCAACAAUAGCAAUGAUCCUCAAAGGCGAAUGUAAAUUACAUGGUCUUAAGCGUUGUGCAAUGCCGUAGCUGUUGAAACUAGCACGUGAUUUUUAUCAUUUUCACGGUGCAUGACUACGGCAACAGUUAAUUCGUUUGACGUUAUUUGGGGUGUUUUAUUUCAAUUCGCGGACUAUUUUUACUUAAGGGCUGUUUGAGAGAAACAGGAAUACUUUAAAGAGGCAAACUAAGUGUAGUAACGUAUACUUUGGCUCAAAUACAACAAUAUAUGAAACUAUAUUUUUGUCGUUCCCGUUGUCGUUGCCGUUCUAGGUUGCCAAACUCACUAAUACCGACCUACAGGCGUUACACAGUUUCAAAAUUUUAAAUCUGAAAUUUUUUCAAGGUGCGUAAAUCUCACAAGGUGAAGAACCGCAUACGACCACCGCCAUCACGUGAGGAACAAGGUUCUGUAUCAUCGUUGAAUGAAGCCGAAUAUGUAACAUUGUCUGACUAUCAUGCCCAGGGUUUUAACGGAGGACUGAGCGUUCAGAAAGGAGUUUCUGUAAACAUCAUAGAGAAAUCUCCAAACGGUUGGUGGUUCUGUAAAAUUGGCGAGAAAGAGGGCUGGGUUCCAUCAUCUUAUAUUGAACGACGGGAAAAGAGAGUGGAUCACUUUGAGGUAACAAAACCCGGGGUUUUCAGACCCGUGGGGGUACCCAAACCCGUGGGGGUACCCAAACCUGCAAUAGCAAGAACUCCAAUACCAAAACCAGCGGUUCCUAAAGCUUGGUCACCUAAACCUGCGGUAGCAAAACCCGGUGUGAAAAACCACGGGGUGCCAAAACCAGGGGGAGCAGAGGUUAGAAAACCCAGGGGCGAAAAACCUGCCCCAGUAAAGCGGGAUGCGACAGGUGCUGAUUAUAUGGCGAUCAGUGAUUAUUUCGACAAUGAUCAUUUGAAUAUAUCAUUAAAAGAAGGCGCGCUAGUCAAAGUACUGGAGAAGAGUGACAGUGGGUGGUGGUACGUGCAGUCAUGUGGUGCAGAGGGGUGGGCACCAUCGACGUAUCUUACAGAAAAACCCAAGGAAAGACCCACACCUUCACCAAAGGUUAAUGUACCUCACAUCACCCCACGCCCACAAACCGGCCGUCCCCCACCUGCAAGACCAUCUCCACCUGUUCGACCUACGAACAUUCCAAGUGGCCAACGAAAGGGUGUGCCCGCGCCCCCUAUACCAAGUCGAGGACAAAAACCCACCCUUCCUAGGAACAGAAACUCCGGUAGUAUUGAAAAUCUUCUUCGAGUAAAACCUGCUGUAGCGUUAAAACAAACACGAAGUACGGAGAACUUAUCAUCACGGCCUAGUAGCGCGCAGUAUUAUUACGUCAUUGCCGAUUACUCUGACGAUGUGCAUGAUACACUAGAUAUUAAGAGAGGCGAAAGAGUCGAGGUCAUGAAGCGAGAUGAAGGGGGCUGGUGGCUAGCGAAAAUAGGGAACAGAACAGGCUGGGUGCCAUCAAAUUAUCUAGAACAAUAAUUUAUAUUUGACUUUUAUUUUUGUAAUUAAUAUAAGUAUUCAUAUGCACAGCGUGUUAGCCAGGCGGCCGUCCGACCGUCCUACGGACGGCCAUUUCUGAAUUCGGACGGCUAAAUUUUAAUGGACGGCCAUGGACGGCCUAAGGGAAUAUUUUCUUUAAUUUAAAUAGCAAUUUACAAGCUUUGUAAUAUUUCUUGAAUACUUCGAAUUGUUGCCAUCUGCUGUUUACUUUACUUAUGGUAUAUGUUUUCAUACUUUUUCCCGUCGAAAACACGUUGAACAUGGCUGAAUUUAAGUAUCGACAAAUGCGCCCCGUUUUUGUAACCAUGGUCAUGAUUCUCGCAUGAAGUAUUAAGGAGAAUAAUUUGAAACCGCUGUUUUAAAAAACAGCAAUCGCUUUAUCGCUCGAGCGCUACGUGCUUUGGAGUUACAGUUACCGGGUAAAGAUGGCUAUAAAAUGAGGCAAACGCAUAAAAAAGGGAAAAAUAUCCGCGAUUGAUAAAAAAAUAACUAAACACUACACUACGGUUCAUACCAUACGUGUGCUUUUACUAAUUUAAUGACGGGAAUGUGCAUCUAAAAGUAAAAAGGUUCAACGAACAGAACACCACAAUUCCACAACAAAAAAAUGCGGCCACGCCCAAAAACAUGUGACCCCACCCACAAAAAAUUGUGGCCACGCCCACAAAAUUAUUUUGGACGGCCACUUUUGAAAUUCUGGCUAACACCCUGCAUAUGCACCAAUUAAUCAUUCCAUGCAUGCACCAAUUAAGUGUUUUAAAAAGGAGUGUCCAGGGUUUCAUUGUACGAAGAUACGGCUAUCCACCGUAUACAGUAUAGUUAUAUAAAAAUAAGGAAAAAAAACACUCCGAAAAAUGCCACAUUACGUCAUUAUCGCGUUUAGACAUUUUUAAGUCGAUAGAGUUGUGUAACUUCAUCAGCCGUCAAAGCUUUCUUGAACAAUUUCACUUCAUCAAUGUAGCCAUAAAAGAACUCUCUGGACAUCCCGUGACCUGCUUGACCAAUGAUGACGUCAUUAGUCUUGUUGACGAGGUUGCCUUGACAACACUUUGAGUUUCCUUUCUGUUGCUGAUUAUCGAGAUAAAAGUUGAGAGUAGCACCAUCGUACGUCAUCGCCACAUGGUGCCAGUGAUUGUAGCUGGCUGUGGUGGCAUAAUUCCAAGUUGCAGCUGAGUUUGAUGUGACAACACCUGCACCAAUUUUCUGGCCAGAAUUCUCUCGCCCCAUUCGUAUCUCCCAACUUCCGUAGCUAUAGUAACCAUUGUUUAUGAUGCCUUGAUAGUUGCCUUGCUGGCCAGUGCGUUUGAACCAGAGACUGACAGAGAAUUGUGAGCCCCACGUAUAGCCAUUGAGACUAGCUAUACGGAGUUUGCUUGCUCCAUUGAAUAAAGCUGCUCCAUUGCUUAUACCAGAAGAUGCUGCCAACCCAACAGACCCAACUUGCACUGCAUUAUGGCCGUUGCAUACAUCACGGAAUGAACGGUCAAAUUUGUAGUACGCGAUCACGUCUUUGCUGCACGGAUCUGUUCGUGUAGGAAGUAAUCAGUAAAUAUUUUCUUAAAUUUCACCGUGAAUCUCACGAUUUGUAAAAAAGAUUCUGUGAUUUUUUAAUAUCUUGCGACUUUUGUUCAAUAUGAUCAAAAUUCGUGCAAUUUUGUGCUUUAUGAUCGCAGUUAUGAUCGAAAUUAAUCAUAACAAAUUGACAAACACAUCAAUUUAUAUCGCUAUGCAUUUACUUUUGAAACGGGUAGAAAAAUGACCUAGUGCGUGCGUCAUGCGAAAUGUCUAUCACGAGGAAGAUACAAGAUUCGCAUCCGAUCUUUAUCUGAUAUCAGGGCCGUAGCAACCGGGGGGGCUGGGGGGGCUGCAGCCCCCCCCCCCCAAUAAUUUGCUAAUAAUCAUUCUUUUUUCAAAAUCAUGCAAACUUUAUCAUUUAAUCUGUGACAAACUGCAAAGAAUGAAGAUAUUACUCAUACUCCAGAUCGUUCCUCGCGU